CCGGGCUCUCGGCGGGGGCGCGCGGCGGUGGGAGGCGGGGCCGCUCCUAGGGCGGCCAGGCCGCCGCCCCGGGGCCAGCUGCUGAGGGCGGCCUGCGGCGCCAUGUGAGCGGAGCGUGUGGGGCCGGGGCGGGAGAGCGGCGGCGCUCGCUGAAGGCUGACUGGAAACAGCGUUUGGGCGGGAGCCGCGAGAGCGGCGGCCGACGGGGAACGUCUCGCUACGGCUGUGGGGAGCCCUCCGCACUCCGAAACCGCGAGGCUGAGACCGAGGCACAGGCUAACAGUUAAAUCAUCAGAACUCCUGCAUAUGGCAAACUACAGAUGGAAUAAUUAAUUACCCCGUGGCUGCUUUUGUACGGGCACCAACAUUCUUGAUGGCUAAAGAAACUUAAAUAACGGUAGGAAAAAAUACAGACGUGACAACAUCAUGAAUUGGGUAAAAUACUAACAAUUUUGAUGACGGGUGCGAGCAGUUGGAGGGAAAUGGCAAGUUUUAAACAGCAUAUAAUAUGGUCAAAACUGAAUUGCGUUUCAUGAAACAAAAAAGAAAUGCCUGUAUUGAAGAGCCAUGUCCCAUGACUGUUGGUUUUAAAGUCCAGGUUAAAACCAGAAAGGUUUGAGUUUCUUGGAGAACCAAAUGGAUAAAGGCUUUAUGUUGUUGAUCAAUUUAACUAUGUGCUGCUGCUUUCUGUCUGCGAUACCUAUAUGACUCCCAUUAAUACAGUCUCCAAGAGCCUCAUAGACUGAUACAAUAAUCUUCACAAUACUUUUGUAUUAAAAGUGAUAUUAAAAUCAUAAUUAUUGUAAAUUUAGAAGUGCUGUAAUUAAAUGACAAAUUAUUACCCCUUUGUUGCUCUCAAAUGUGUAAUUCAUUACAGUAAUUUGAAUUAGACAUUUUAAAAAAAUAUUUGAUGUUUAAAAAAUGCAUUUGAUACAAAUCAUGACCGUGAAAGAAAUUAAUGUGAGUUGUUUCUCCUUCUUUAUUUUCUGCUAUAGCGAAAAGCUCAUCUAGUGCAUGUUGAAUUAUCUAAUACUUUAAAUAAGUACAUGUGAUGCAUACAUGAGUAUUAAAACGUAGUGUCAGAGUGAAUAAACUGACCACUGCCCUGUUUUGGGGGAAAAAUAGCUACAAUGUAUCAAUAGAAAAUAAGAGCCAAUAUAAACGCUCAACUGUGCAUUUUUUGCAUUCUGACAUGAUCAGUCCAUUCAGCUUACUCAUCUUCCAAACUUGGUGAUAUCACUGCUUAAAUGAUUUGCUCACAAUCAUGAAGCGCAGUCAGGUGUAAAGACCUGAGUCUUUCAAUGCUUAUGUAGCAGUCCUAACCAGCAGGCAGUCACCUUCCUUCCCAUGUAAUAAAGAUUGUGUGCUUAGACAGCUUGUGUAAUGGGAUAAAAGGACUUCUUUUGUUCUUCUUGUAGUUAUGUUUGUUCCCAGUGGAGUACUAAAAUUGGAAAAUUAUUUGCAAUGGCACUGCCUGACUCAGAAGUCCGGAGAUCUGCUAUAUGAACAUGAAGCCCCCGUUCUAAUUACGCAAAGGAAUCGCUUGGCAUAGAGUUUAGAUGAUUUUGCAUGACAAUUGUCAUUUUUAUGCCAGCUGUAUUGUGUUUUCAGUAGUGUUAUUACUCCGUGGUGAACAAACCAGCAAAAUAAUACAGUGGGAAACAUUCGACUAGCUACUCCUCACGGUAGAAACUGGGUUACUUAACACAUUUCAUAGACUAUGCUAAGAUGUCUACCCUAAAAAAGGGUGCCCCUAAAAGUAGAAGCAGGCAUCUUUUGUAAGGCCGCAGACUCUGGUAUCUCCAACGUGGCAUGCAAUUCUGACCACCCCAUCCGGACAGCCUGGGCGAGCGCCUCAAAUCGGGGAGAAGGGGGACGUGCAGCAGCCUCCACGUGUGCGGAGCCAGGGCUGGUAGCUCUGCUGAGCAGUCGGAGCUGAUGAAGGCGCGGGGGGGGAGGCAUGAGCGGGAGCGGGCGUCCCUCGCCUUGUCCGGCACGGCGGCAGCCGGGGCUCACCGAAGCUCCCUGCGCGGCCGUGCCCCGCGGCGCCCCCUGCCGGGCCGCGGCGGAUAACGCGUGCUGUCGGGGAGCGGGGGGGGCGGGGCUCCCCUUCCGGCAGCCUCAGCUGGUUGGGCGCUGCUGGGCGCGCUCCCGGACUUGUCUGGAGCCCGGGCAGGCUGCUGUCCCAAUGGAAGCUGAGCGGAGCGUGCCGUUCCUCUGGCGUUCUCAUCCGCACAGCCUCUCCUCGGCCUAUCAGGUGCGGCUGUUAGUGGGUCACCCAGUCAGAGUGCUCGCUUCUAAACCCCGCCCGUGAGGUUAGGGGGAGUUUCUCGCGCUGCCAAUCCGCGCGCUGGGGGCCGGGGCUUGUGACAGCAAGGACGCGGGCGCGAGGGGCUGGGACUUGUGAGGCAGCGCGCGCGGAGGGGAGGCCUCGCUCCGGCUCCCGCUGCAGGACGGCCCUGUCGUGUGGCCCGCUCCGCCGCAGACAUGAUCCACAGCCUGUUCCUGAUCAACGCCUCGGGGGACAUCUUCCUGGAGAAGCACUGGAAGAGCGUCGUCAGCCGCUCCGUCUGUGACUACUUCUUCGAGGCGCAGGAGAGGGCCUCGGAGGCGGAGAACGUGCCGCCGGUGAUCCCCACGCCGCACCACUACCUUCUCAGCGUCUACCGACACAAGAUUUUCUUCGUGGCCGUUAUCCAGAGCGAGGUGCCGCCUCUCUUCGUCAUCGAGUUCCUGCACCGCGUCGUCGAUACCUUCCAGGAUUAUUUUGGUGUCUGUUCAGAGGUGAUGAUCAAGGACAAUGUUGUGGUGGUUUAUGAGGUGCUGGAGGAGAUGCUGGACAAUGGCUUUCCGUUGGCAACAGAGUCUAAUAUUCUUAAGGAACUGAUAAAACCUCCCACUAUCCUCCGAACAGUUGUCAACACUAUAACAGGAAGCACUAAUGUGGGUGACCAGCUUCCUACUGGACAGCUAUCAGUGGUGCCUUGGAGACGUACUGGUGUAAAAUAUACCAACAAUGAGGCGUAUUUUGAUGUGAUUGAGGAGAUAGAUGCAAUCAUUGACAAAUCGGGUUCAACGAUUACUGCUGAAAUCCAAGGGGUGGUUGAUGCUUGUGUCAAGCUGACUGGAAUGCCGGACCUUACCCUCUCCUUUAUGAACCCUCGGUUAUUGGAUGACGUCAGCUUUCAUCCAUGUGUGCGUUUUAAGCGCUGGGAGUCAGAGAGAAUACUCUCAUUCAUUCCACCUGAUGGAAAUUUUCGCUUGCUUUCCUACCAUGUCAGUGCUCAGAAUCUUGUGGCAAUUCCUGUCUACGUUAAACACAACAUCAGUUUCCGUGAUAGCAGCUCACUGGGACGUUUUGAGAUCACAGUGGGACCAAAGCAGACUAUGGGGAAGACUGUAGAGGGAGUGAUGGUCACUAGCCAGAUGCCAAAAGGUGUCUUAAAUAUGACCCUCACACCCUCUCAGGGAACACACAUCUUCGAUCCAGUUACAAAGUUGCUGUCAUGGGAUGUGGGGAAAAUAAACCCCCAGAAGUUGCCAAGCCUGAAGGGGAGUGUGAGCCUGCAAGCUGGGACAUCAAAACCAGAUGAAAACCCCACCAUUAACCUGCAGUUUAAAAUUCAGCAGCUGGCUAUAUCUGGACUGAAGGUGAAUCGCUUGGACAUGUAUGGGGAGAAGUACAAGCCCUUCAAGGGGAUAAAAUACAUGACUAAGGCUGGCAAGUUCCAAGUCCGAACCUAGAGGAUCCCGAUAAUGAGGAAGAGCACUUUCCUGUUUCUCCUGUUCCUGGCUGUUGGUUGCAGCCUCUUAUCCCAUCCAUCUGUUUCGGGUUGCUCCCUUGCCUGUAGUAGCAUGAGCAGGAGAGCCAGGGCUUAGGGUGCUGGAGAGCAGGGAAAAGUAAGGUUCACCUGAAACCAUCUCAUCCCUAGCCGAAUCUGAAGUAUUUGGAACAAUGGCAGAUGGGGGAGGUGUUCAGGUCCCUUGGGAUUAGUGAGUCAGCUAUGUAAGCUUGUAUCACCUUCAUUUUGCUGUCUUGAAGGAAAUUCUAGGGGUUUAUUGCCUUUUGUAACUCCUCUUCCUUAUAUUUUGGUUGGCUUUUAUCCCUGCGUAGAUGAUACAAAGUCUAAUUUCCACAAACCAACUCCAGUGUGAUGGUCCGGCACCUACCCUUCUCCAUCACUGGGCAUUAGGGUGGAAAGCUGUAUAAUUCUUGGCAGCAGAGAGAUCAUCUAGUCAUUCUGCCUCAAAAGGACUAGAAGAAGUGGAAAGGUAGACUGUCCUACCCAGGAUGGGAUGUUAAGAAGCCUGAGAUUGGGGAUGGUGCCACAAAAGGAGGAAGGGAAGAAGUGGAUGCUUUUUUUUCUAGAUAUUCAUAAGCCAUCUUGGUCAUCAGGUAUCUUGAAUCUCUGUAAUAGGCUGGAAACCCAUCCAAAUCUUAGUAUGGUACCCUACGAAGGGCUGACUGUAGCUCUUAUAACUGAUGGGUGGUGACAUCUGAACGUUAUUCUACUUCUCUUCUUGUUUUGUCAGUAUUCGAAGGUAGGGAUUCUCCUAGCUUCUUUGGGGAGUCAGGGAAGAGACAGAGGGGCAUGAGAAUUUUUGUGGAGACAUAACACUCUGAUGGAAAUAGAAGCUGUGGCUAAAUGAAGAUGAUCACUACCCUAGUAACUUGUUGGAACUUCUUUUUGUCUCUGCCUGCCUAUUAUAAAUGAAGGUGAUACUGCUGUUCUCCUGCUCACUGAUGUCUUUGAGAUAAUUGUGUCCUGGUACCUUUGUAGUGUUUCUGGCUAUCCUACCUCAUUCCAGUUCUGUACCAAUCAGCUGCUGUGCAGGUGGAUUCAAGCCUACGCUGGAUUUUCCACUGGGACCAUCUCUUCUGCAGGAGCUGUUGCUGCAUCUGCCCAUUCCAGUCUGUGCUGCAUCUCUCUGUACAGCAUAAAUAUGAAAUGAGAGGCAUCUGCAGUUUGGUGUUGUCUGUAAUGUCCUCUUUGGCCACUAGAUGCCAAUGUGUUUUCUCUGUGGUAGCAGAAGUUGUCCCUAAGCUGCUGUACAUGUGACUGCAGCAUCUGUCAGGUGGCUGUGGAGUCCAGCAUGUACAGUUCAUGCUUGUGAACAGAAUCAAGUUGACCCUAAAUGAAGGAUAACAUACAUUCUGUUUUGCAUGUGAUGGAUACUUGCAGUGGAUGAGUGGCAUCUUGUUUGUGGAACUGCAAGUUCCAGUGCAACCGAUGAAUGUCAUAGCAGGUGGUCUUACUGCUGAGCAUGUUCAGUGGAAAUAUAACCUUCAGCAAGGGCAUCAAUAAAAUUAAUUUUUACAUGU